UUCACUUUAUUUCCCUUACUGGGAGUAAACAGAUCCAAUCUAAGGUCCUGUCAGCAGCAGCAGAUCCUCACCACUCCUACAGCCACCAUGAAAGUAGCAUCGUUUAACGUCCAGAGGUUUGGAAAAAACAAAGUGUCCGACCCAGAGAUCCUAAAGGUCCUAGUUAAGAUUGUGUCUCGAUAUGACAUCAUUGUGAUCCUGGAGGUGGUGGACACCAGUGGCGCUGCAGUGAAAACCUUGCUGGAUGCACUCAACAAAGCCAAGAAGAAGAAUCCCUACACACUGAAGCUCAGCAGCCGUGUGGGCCGAACAACCUACAAGGAGCAGUUCAUGUUCCUGUACAGGGAUGACGUGGUUCACCUGGUGGACUCCUAUCAGUUUGAUGACGAGGUGACUGGGGGAAAAGACAUUAUUGACAGAGACCCCUACAUUCUGCGAUUCAAGUGCCCCACUUCAGUGCUGCAGGACCUUGUGGUGAUCCCAGUUCACACCAAGCCAGAGGACUCAGAUAAGGAGCUGGACGAGCUCUACGAUGUCUUCCAGCAGGUCAAGGGCAAGUGGAAGACUGAUAACAUCAUGAUCCUGGGCGACUUCAAUGCCGAUGGCUCGUACGUCUCCAAGAAAGAAAUGAAACGCAUCCGCAUCCGCAGCGAUACGAACUUCCACUGGCUGAUUGGGGAUGAUGUCGACACCACGGCAAGCGCCAAAAAUGAUAACACCUAUGACAGGAUCGUGGUCUACGGAGACGACAUGCUCGAGGCUGUUGUACCAAACUCUGCCAAACCUUUCAACUUCCAGAAGGCAUUUAAACUCACACAGGAGCAGGCUUUGAAAGUGAGUGACCAUUACCCUGUGGAGGUGGAGCUGAAGUCCACAACGAAGGCAACCCAAUAGGUGGAGGGUAACAGCACAAUUAUACUUGCAUAUUGUACUAUUCUCAUCUCAUUUUCUAUACCGCUUAGUCCCGAGCGGGGUCGCUCCUGGACAGGUCAGCGGUCCAUCGCCAUAUUGUACUAUUCCUACUGCAAUUUAUUAAAAUGAUAAAAAUCUAUGUAACACAAGCUAAAUAAGUAGAAGAGUCUUCUUUGCUUCAGUGUGUUUCAGUGCAGGGGCUUCAUCAGAGUGAUUUACAGGUUGUGUACAAACACAGCUUGUCUGCUCUAUAUACUCCAAAAAAAGCUAAAGGUACAGUCAUGUUACAUCUCACCUCAGUGAAACUGUCCCAC